CAAACACUGGCGCGGGAAAGUAACUUUCUGAAUUACAGCCUGUUAGUUGAGGGGGAUUUCAGCGAGUCUGUUUUACUGAUACACACCGCUAAGGCAGGACCAGUGGUUUGAUCAAAAUGAUGCGAAAGAAGAGGCGUUCCUCUUUGGAUAAAAUUGAAAGCGACGCCUCCGUCACGUCUAAGAGCAAGAAGAGUCGUGAUGGGACGCGCAGCCUGAAGCCCACAGCGCAGCACGCGACGCAGCACGCAGGGGAGUCUGUGUUUGCCCAGCUGGUGAGGGGGGCAGGUAUCGCUUUGAGACAGGGCCGCACGCCCAACGAAAUCACUGUGGAUCAAGCGAUGUUCCACGGGAGACUUCAGCGGAGCCUGAGGAAACAUCCUCAUUAUCCCAAUGUAAUUAAAGAAUUUAUUACUGGACUGGAGUCUCACAUUGAAGAUCAGGAAAAGUUCAAGAACUGCCUUUUGCCCUGUGUCCCACGCUCAUCUGAUGGGGAAUCCAGCACUGCUGUCACUUCAUACCAGGAGAGUCUCAUCAAGAUGCUUCUGGGAAUUGAGAUGCUUCAGCCAUCUGUCAUAAACACCUUGUUUGAGAAGCUGCCCGAGUUCAUGUAUGAUGGUGUGGGAGACGAUGGGUUGAAUAUUCCCCGCAUUAUAAUCAACCAGUUCAAGUGGUUGGACAGAGUGAUGGACAGCAAAGACUUGGCCAAUAAGCUGAUGCAGCUGGUUGCUGUGGCACCAGUGGAGAUCCAGCGGGACAUCAUCAGCAGCCUGCCUGAGAUUCUUGAGGACGCGCAACACAACGACAUUGCCAGGGAGCUCAAUUCCCUACUUCAGAAGAACACGCAGUUGACUCUGCCUAUAUUGGAUGCUCUCUCCAGUCUCAAUUUGAGCCCCACCCUGCUGGCUGAGGUGCGUCAGGCUGUCAUGACCACUCUUUCUGCGGUGGAGCUAGAGGACUUGCCCGUGGUUGUGAAGUUCAUACUGCACAAUUUGUCAGGAGCUGAAGCUUAUGAGGUCAUCUGUGAUCUCAGGAAGAAGCUGGAACUCGAGUCGUGUGUCUUACCCCCUGUGCUGCAAGCCUCCCAGAACCGACUGAAGAGCAAAGGGCCAGCUGGAUCUUCCCACCACCCUGCAGCCAGCUGCAGCCAGGACUGCGUGUCACUGGUCUUAGAUGUCAUCAAAUCAGCCGUUCGCUUUCAGAAGCCCAUCUCAGAGGCAUGGCUUAAGGCUAUUGAGAAUAUUGAUGCAACAGAAGACCACAAGGUCAUAGACAUCAUGGCGCUGCUCAUUCUCCAUUCUGCCACCGCAAACCAGGGGCGCCGCGAGGUGGAGCGCCUCCUGCGGGUGAAAGUACGCGCGGGGCAGGUUCGCGAGUCCCUCCUGCAGACCGCCUUUCGGGGUCAUGCCCUGGUGAUGUGUGGGUACUUCCCCUCCAUCCUGGCGCUGGCUCAGACUCUCCUGCGCUCUCCCGACUCCAGUGUCCUGACAUUUGGGAGCCACAUGUACAAACAUGCUUUCAUGGCCUUUGACUCCUACUGCCAGCAGGAGGUGGUGGGUUCGCUGGUGGCACACGUGUGCAGCGGCUACGCCCAUGAGGUGGAUGUGUCCCUGGAGCUGCUGGGAGAGCUCGUGACCCAGCGGCCCUCCGACAUGUCUCUGUACGCCGUCUUCAUCAAGGGGAUCCUAGACUACAUGGACAACCUGACGCCCCAGCAGAUCCGCAGGCUGUUCUUCAUCCUCAGCCAGCUGGCUUUUGGAUCGCACCCCCAGGGCAGCCACAUCCAGGAUGACAUACACAUCGUAAUCCGGAAGCAGCUGUCCAGCACGGUGUCCAAGUACAAACGUAUCGGGAUCAUAGGCGCAGUGAUGGUGGUGGGUGGUAUGGCAUCUCACAGGACUAACUCGGCAUCGUCAAAUGGACAGGAGCCUUCUCUGUCCAAGGAAAUUUGUAGGCAGGUGACGGCCCUGCUGGAGCUGGUUCGGUCCUGUAGCGAGGGUUCCCCGGAGGCAGCCGCGCUGUACUACGAUGAACUGGCCAAUCUGGUGCAGACUGGUCACCUGGACAAAGUUGUGCAGGAAUGGAUUGGGAAAAGUGUACUUGAGGAUUUCCAGGAUGACUUUGUGGUGGACCUUGGGCCAGAGAUACAGGGAGACUUCCCCUUCCCUGUGAAAGUCAUGUAUAGCCUAGAUGAGGAGGAGGAGAGCCAAGGGGGAAUUGCAGUCAACCUCCUGCCACUGCUUGUCAAAGAUCUCAGCCAGAAGGGGGCGCAGUGGAGUCAGCCUGGAGAGGAGAACAAGAAGCAGGUGUCUCCACUGCGCCUGGCUUCCUUCUUCCGCCUGCUGCGUCUGUGCGAGGAAGAGCAGCACGACGGCGACCUGGAGGAAAUCGACGCCCUGAUUGGGUGUCCUCUGAUUCUGACUGACCUGGAUGUCGUUGACAAGAUCGAGUCCCUGUCCAAGUCUGAGAAGGAAUUUCUCUGCACUUUGCUUUUCUACACCAUCAACUGGUUCAGAGAGGUGGUGAAUGGAUUCUGCCGACAGAAGGACCCUGAGGUAAAGCUGAAGGUGGUGAUGCGUCUUCAGAACAUCACUUAUUUGCAGAGCAUCCUGGAGAGGUGCUUGGCAGCAACUCCCAGCUAUGUGCCCCCUCCCGCCAACUUUGACUGUGAAACUGCAGAAGGAGGUCCAGCCCCUACAAGCACCAUUCCUCUCAAGAAAGCCAGAAAAGAGCUCGGCGGAAAGAAACGCAAGGCCCAGGCCAGUAAGGCCGUCCCUGGAGACAGCUCUCAGCAGGAGGAGGGUGGUGAGGCCGAGGAAUCCCAGCAGGAGAAGGAUCACGCAGAGAAGGAGAAGGAGAAGGAGGAGGGCAAGGCAGGAGUGAGCCUGGCCUCAUUCCGGCCUUAUUUCCGGGAGCUGGACAUUGAGGUGCUGAAUGUGCUGCAGUGUGGUGUCCUCUCCCGGUCGCUUCUGGACAGCGAGCUCCACACCAGGGUGCGUGAGGAAGUGCGACUUGGCCCUUCGGAGCUCGUAUUCCUGCUGGAAGAUUUGUCCCGGAAGCUGGAGUUCAGCCUGGCAGCCUCCCCUGCUAAGAGGGCUCCCUUUCUCAAGGGCAAGGCAGAUAAGACGGUGGGAUUCUCUCACCUCCAGCAGAAGAGUCCUGCGGAAAUCGCCGCAUGUUGUGUGCAACUGCUGCCCACUCUCUGUACCCACCUGGAGAACUCGCACAACUACUUCCAGGGUCUCCUGACAGAGAACCAGGGUGUGGUUGACGCGCUUGGGGUAGAUGUGAAAGAAUACCAGCUCAUGGCCUCCUGUUACCAGCUGCUAAUCCAGGUCUUACACACCACCUUCAGCUGGAAUGGGUUCCUUCAACAGGAGAAGCGCAAGCUGCUGAAGAUGGCGCUGGGUGUCCUGGCUGGGCGUCUGAAGGAAAAGGAGGUGGAACUGAGCUUAGAGGAGCAGGUCAGGCACAGCUUCGAAUACCUGCUGAAUUUCCGCAGCAGCAUGCCCACCUGCUGUACAGCUCUCUCCCUCAUUCAGCUGCUGAUACUGAUUGCAGAGUGUGCCGGACCCAGUAAUUCUGCUUACCGAGAGCACCUAGCCUCUCUUGCCCGGCGUUUCCUGUGCCAGGAGUGGGUUCUGCCCAGUGGAGAGCGAGAGAGGGGGAACAAACACAAUGACACAUUGCAGACCCUCCUCAGCAUUUAUCUGGAUCACAGCGCUGAUGUGCUGAAGGCCAUUGAAGAGAUUGCUGAGGAGGGGGUGUCUGAACUUGUGAGCAGUGCCAAGGAUGGCUGCUCCAAAACCUUCCCCACUCUUAACAGACAGACUUUCUUGGUUUUCUACCGGGGAAUGAUGAUGGAGCUGGAGAAAUCUGUCCGCAGGAUUCAACCUGGGAAGCAGACGGACUCCAGUGAGACGCAGACUGAGAAACUCCGUAUCUGGAAUCUGGCAGUACGAGACUUCCACAUCCUGGUGAAUCUGGUUAAGGUUUUUGACAGCAGAUCUGUGAUUGGUGUUUGUUUAAAGUAUGGACGCCUUUUUGUGGAAGCUUUCUUGAAGCUUGGGAUGCCAUUAUUAGAUUUCAGCUUUAAGAAACACAAGGAAGAUGUGCAGACCUUGCUGAAAACAUUUCAGCUGAGCACCAGACAGCUUCAUCACGUGUGUGGGUACUCAAAGAUCCGACAGGACACAGGACUGACAAAUCACGUGCCAGUGCUGAAGAAGACCCUGGAGCAGUUUGUGUAUCGCGUGAAGGCCACUCUCGUCCUCAACAGCUGCCAGGAGGCUUUCUGGCUAGGAAACCUCAAGAACAGAGACCUGCAGGGUGAGGAGAUCUUGUCGCAGAGAUCUCAGGCCAGUGACGAGGAGGAUGAGCAACAGGUCUCACAGCUGCCAAAGGAGCAGUCUGAAGAAGAGGAGGUGAGGAGCGACUCUGAAGCUAGGAAGAGCGGGCAGGAGAAUGACGAAAGUACCGAUGACUCGGAUUAGACGCCCCCUGGUGGAGAGAGGGCCACAGGACUUAGCAAGGUCCCUUAGAGCUGCUGUCAGCGUGGUCUGGUCCUAUGGUGCCUGUAUGGCCUCCUCCAGCCUCACAACUCUACCAGCGCUCCAGACAGCGUUGUAGUCUACUGCUAGUGACAUACUCAUUCUGCUAAAGCUAUUCAUCAUCAUAAGUGGUGCAGCUAUGGAUGAUGAGUCCAAACGGUUUUACACAGAUAUACAACGAAAGUUAAGAAUUUAGCAGUGGUCACAGAAGAACGAACACUGUUUUGACUUUUUAUUGAAGUGGAUAAAGAGACUGUGUUCAGACCAGUCACUGCUCUAUUAAACUAGUGUAAACAGGCUUAUACUAGUUUACUUAAAUUCAUCUUAAUUAGACUUCAGAUGGAAACAUUCAUUUCUAUCUUUGUUUACACCCACUCCACUGGCAGUAUCUAGAUGUAACCUGUACUUAAUCUUAAUCUCGAGCUCAUUUCAUCCAUGAGCUCUUCUUUAAAAAGACCCUUCUUCACAACAUAUUGUAGUAAUGUGCUGCUGAAUUGGUAGAAAUGUUUAAAUUCUAAAUAUGGAGUCGGAAGGAUUUUAAUUUAAUUUUGUUUAGGCAAAUAGCCACUUGGGAAAUGGAAGACGGAGUGAAAAUUACUCCUGAAAAACAGAGUUGGGGAUCCAUAUUGAAGUAUUUGUAUUAGGAUGAUUUGCAAAGCUGAACAAGAUGGAAUCUUUUGAUAUAACCUAGAUUUUCACAGUAAAGUUCUCUGAAAAAAAUACUGUAUGUGAGGUUUCUAAUGUAGUAUACAUUCAUGCAGGUCAUUUUUAUUUUGUAACUUUGACAUUGUUGAGUUAUAAAAAAAAACAUUGCACAUUUAAAGCUUGUUAAAUAACAUGUUAUUCAAAAGAAAACGGUUUAUAUAGUUUUGGGGAAAAAUAUUAGUUUUAUGUGAAUGUUAACUCAGUUUAAAAUGGUCUUUGUGGCUUGUACACUGUUGUAUGAAUGUUUUGUACAGCACUUAAAAAGUUAUUGUUCCAAAUAUAAAUUAUCUGUUCAAUACAUAGAUGUGAUAUCCUGCUUGAAGUAUAAUAUCUAUAAAGACCAUA